CGCGGCGGGGCGUUCUCUCAGGGUGCGGCGCUGAGGCGAGCGCCGCGUUUGCCGCCCGCGGGGGGAGCGGGGCCGGCGCGCGGGACGGGACGGGAGGGGGAGACGGCGUUGUUUCUCCAUGCCGCCGCUCCCCCCCGUUUCUGGCGGCUGCGGUGAGUCAGUGUCGGCCUCCGCCCGCCCGCCCCCCCCUCCCUCCCCCCCCGCGGUGACUCGGCAGCGCCGCCGCUCCUGGUCAUGCUCAGGCAUGUCGGGCCGCGGCCGGCGGAGGAGCUAAGCCCCGACUUGCCUCCUCUUGGCAGCGCUAUAUAAGGCCAUCCCCGGCCCGGCCUGACACAGCUGGGAUACUUGCCGCCGGAGUCCGGCGUGUGGGCAAAUGUGCAAUACCAAGAUGUCCUCCCUUACGGAUGCCUCUUCUGUCACGGCUUCGGAGCAGGAGGCGCUGGUUAAACCAAAGCCGCUAUUGUUGAAGUUGUUAAAGUUAGCUGGUGCAGAAAAGGACACUUUUACUAUGAAGGAGGUAAUAUUCUAUCUUGGACAAUAUAUUAUGUCUAAACAAUUAUAUGAUGAAAAACAGCAACAUAUUGUACACUGUGCAAAUGAUCUCCUGGGGGAUUUAUUUGGAGUAACAAGCUUUUCAGUAAAAGAACACAGGAGACUAUAUUCAAUGAUUUCCAGAAAUCUGAUAGCAAUCAAUCAACAAGACUCUACGCCUGCUGGCGCACCUGAGGAUGAUGCCAGAUUUCAACUUGAAGAAGAAAGUGUUCUUAAGGAAUCUAUGCAAGAGUUAGAAGACAAGCAGGCUUCAUCUAACGUGACUUCCCGACCAACGACAUCCUCUAGGAGGAGAACACACAGUGAAUCUGAAGAAAAUUCUUCAGAUGAUCUGCAUAGUGACAGAAGAAAACGACACAAGUCAGACAGCAUUUCAUUGACGUUUGAUGAAAGUCUCUCAUGGUGUGUAGUCAGUGGUCUGUGCCGUGAAAGAAGCAAUAGCAGUGAUUCAACAGAUUCUCUUUCCAUUCCUGAUCUUGAUGCCAGCUCAUUAAGUGAAAACUCUGAUUGGUUUGACCACAGUUCUGUUUCAGACCAGUUCAGUGUAGAGUUUGAAGUUGAGUCUAUUUAUUCAGAAGAUUAUAGCCAUAAUGAAGAAGGACAGGAGCUCACGGAUGAAGAUGAUGAGGUAUAUCAGCUGACUAUUUACCAGGAUGAAGAUAGUGAUGCUGAUUCAUUUGAUGAAGAUCCAGAGAUUUCUCUAGCUGAUUAUUGGAAGUGUCCUGAAUGCAGCGAAAUGAAUCCUCCACUGCCACGACAUUGCCACAGGUGCUGGGCCCUUCGUGAGGACUGGCUUCCAGAUGAAAAGAGUGAUAAGUUGGAAAAGAGCAAAUCAGAAAGUUCCUUGCCCCUAGAGUCUGAAGAAGGUUUUGAUGUUCCUGACUGCAAGAAAGUGAAAAUGAUUGAAGAUAAAGAACCAGCUGUAGAGGAGAAUGAGGAUAAAGCAGUACAAAUGUCUGAGUCCCAGGAAAGUGAAGAUUAUUCUCAGCCAUCGACAUCAAGCAGCAUGUUUUGUAGCAGUCAGGAGGACUAUAAAGAACCUGAGAAGAGAGAAAUGCAAGACAAAGAGGAAAGCGUGGAAUCCAGCCUGCCUGUUACCAGCAUAGAGCCCUGUGUCAUAUGUCAGAGCAGACCUAAAAAUGGCUGCAUAGUGCAUGGCAAAACAGGACACCUCAUGUCAUGUUUUACGUGCGCGAGAAAACUGAAGAAGAGGAACAAGCCCUGUCCGGUGUGCAGACAGCCCAUACAAAUGAUCGUACUAACUUAUUUUAGUUAGAUGGAUGUUGACUGGAAAGCAGCAACUUCAUAAACUGGUUCAGAGAGUAAGAAACUAUUUUUGUAUGCUUAUUGGAAAAUUAAUAUUUUGGGACUCCUUACACUUGCUAAGAAAGUAAUUGCUGAAAUAAAUGCACUGAAGUUGUUGGGAGGUCAGCCUAAUACUCGUAAGCCAGCUUGAAGGUUUUAAAUCCUUCUCAAUAGAAAUAACCAAUUCCUGUGAACUACCUGCCUCUCCAAGUGUUUUAUGUUUCAUACAAGUUAGUGACAUUUGUUUUACUGGAUUAAAUACACACAUUAAAAACCCAAAUUCAGUGAUUAAGAGAGGAGAGAUGUGUUGAAGAGUUUGUUAAUGUGAGUUCCUCCUCUUAAGAAGAUAGAAGAUUCUCCUGAUUCCCAGUAUCUGUUGUCUGGUGAAGACACCAGGCUCAAUCAGAACCCUCUGAAUAAGUCAAUAAAAUAAAUUAAAUAGAAUCUUGUCUCCCUCAUUCCCAAAACUUAAAUUCCUCCAAGUAACCAAAUUAUGGGGGAGAUCUUACCAGGAAGUGGGGGAAGAUGUGAUAGGAAAUCAUUUAAGGUUUUGGAAAUGGAAAAGGGCGUUGUAUGUCCUUUAUUUUUACAGUGUGCAUUGUAAACUUCAGGGCUGUGUGUGUCCUGAGAAGUCAUUGAUCACAGUUCAAUCUUACAGUUAUCUCUUAAAUAUCCUGAGAAACUGGCUUUUAAAAUGCUUUGUGGGUUUGGAGGUCUGUACUAACAGGCAAGCUAAAUGAAGGAGACGCUAUGUAAUAUCAAGUCAGGCAAUAUUAAGGGACAAUCAUACUCUUUUUCUGCACUUGUUUUUGAAUUCAGCAGCAUAGCAUGCAGCUUGAUCACUACAUCCACUUGAACAAAAAUUGUAAGGAAAAAAAAGUCCACCUCCAUCUGCAGAAACAAAUAAGCUGUGUAGUUCUAGUUCAUAUAGACAUUCUUUAAAUUCAGUAGUCUUGCCAGCUUAUGCUGUUCUAAUCUGUAUCGCAAGAAUUCAGCAAUGCUGUUGCAAAGUGUUUGGCCAACUCAAAAUGGUCUCAUUGGACCUCUCUCUCCAUUACUGCUUUUAGCUCUUGUCUCCUCACUGUACUUUGUCAAAAACUUUGAGAAACUUAACAGUUCCUUUAUUAAGGAGUCUACUAACUGACUCACUUCCGUGGUGUGUUCGGAGUAGGCUGCGCGAGUGUAUUUUGGUAAGCUCAGGUAUCUUCAGGAUAUAGUUGGAUUACUCAUCUGAGCUGUUUUUUCAGAUGAACAGUUUCUGUACCAGUGGCUUGUAUUUAUUCUUUUGGAAAACUAGAUUACAAGAGGAAUUGUAUGUUCUUAGCACCUUUUAAUUUUACAGGUAGUUGCUGAUCAUCUGCCCAACAGAGAACAGCAAAUAAGGAGUUUCGGUGUCAGGGGAAUGCCAAGAAUGGGGAUGUAGCCCAAAUGCCUAAAUGCUGGGAUUGUGCUGGGUUACCAUCCUGCAGGCCAAGGCUGAACAGCUUGCUUAACAACAUCAGCACAAAACUGGUGAUGCCUGCGUGCUAGCACAAAGACUUCUGCUGCUGUAAUUACCUUCAGGUCGGAGCUGAAAUAGUUAUUCUCUUAUAAAGUGUAUGUAAACCAGGGCUGCCGACGCCUGGAACAGAAGGAAGUACCUAGGACAAGGACAUAAAGCUGUACAGGAGAGACUCAGUAAACCCUUGGUUGUUACUUGCCUGCAAAGAAAUAACUUCAUAGGUAAGGACUUAAUUACCAGGAUCAGUCGUGAUUUGUUCGUAUAUUUGAGCUAACUUUUGAAAAAUACUGGUAUCAUCUCUGAAGUUUUACCAUAAUUCAUUUUAACUAAACAAAAUGUAAAGCCCAGUUGUAUGCAUUUCUUCAAAUUCUUACAUGCAAAUUUCUUGCCCCUUGCAAUUUGUAAAGCAGGUAGCUGGAAGUUCUUGAAGUUCUUUGGUCAGCAGUAGCCUUUCACGGGGUUUGAUAGUACUUCAGCCUGAGAUAGAGAAGUCCUGUGGGCAGAUAUUUAAAUUUUUUAAGUAGGGAUGCUUCUAAUAGAUGGUUACCUGCCUUAAUUCACACUGCUUCCUAUUUAGUUUUCUUAAUUUUUGAUUUGAUAAACUUAAGUGCAGUGAAGCUUGCAGAGGCUCAUCCACUGCACCUGCAGGUCAGAACCAAAUAGCAGUCACAUCAUGGUCUGGAAUCUGCAGCUGAGAGAAUUGUAGACGUGCAUGUUCGGGAGAAGCAUUGACAGCACGGGGACUGUACUUAAAAAGCUUCGUCCCUUACAUCAUCUCCUGUGUCUUACACUUUUUCAGUGCAAUACCUUCUGUGCAGUCACUGGGAUGGCUGUGUAACUGCAGGCCUGGGAGAGUAGCUGUUCUUACCUAGUUCCUGCAGAUUCAGAUUGUACCGUCCUGCUCUUGGCAUUCUCUUCUGCUCCCCUUAAGUGGGCUCCGUAUUUAGAAGAAAAAAAUAAUUCAAAGGCAGGUAUGGUCAGAGUGAUGAUCCUUACUGUUCACAACCACUCAGCUUUGGAAUUUUUCUUCAAAAACAAUUUAAUCUCCUACUAACGCUUUAUACUUUGGCAAAAGAUAAAGUGAGAGCAUACAACAUAAUGAAUUUUCCUUUUUAUGAUCUAAGAUUAUACUUCCCUAGCAUGUCUUCUGUGGUGGAGGACAGCCCUGGAAAUACCCUCCACUCUGUACAAUGCUGAGGAAAUGGGUCAUUUUGACUUCUGCAUCUGCAGCCAAACUACUGUGUCAGAGGGAAUCUUUUGUUUGGAAUUAUAUCUUCUGGCUUAAUAUUAUUCUUAAUGACUUCAAGUAAAACUUUAGGGGGUUUUGUCUCUUUUUUUUUUUUUUUUUCCCCCCAAAGCAUGCCUUAUAAAUAAGUGAAUGAUGAGCAUUGGUGUCUAUUCCAGCUCCUGUGGGGCAAGGCUGGCAGGCAGCACGCCUGUGGCGCUCAGGGGUGUACGUGACGCUGCAGCCCUGGGCCCAACAGGCUGAAAUCCUUGGGUCUGCUUCUGCACGUGGUGACCAGCCUGCUGUUCAUCACCCUGUUCAUGCUGGCCUUUAAACGCAUUUCUGGCCUUGGGUAGUGGCAUGAGAGUUGGUAAAAUUUUAGCACAAAAGUUAACAAUUGCUCUUACUUGAUAAGGUCUUUGAGAUCCCUAUUUAAUAUCAUACACAUUUUAAUCUUUAAUUUAUUGCAGUUUGUAAAUAUUCUUGUGCUUACAGUUACCGUUUUGAGCUUUAAUUUAUUGAAUUAGUCUAUUGGUACGUGUGUAGAUACAUAAAUAUACAUACUUAGUAAAUCAGUCACAAAAAAUAUUUAAGAAAUUGUAGCAUUAAAGAGAAAUGUUCAGAUUAUAUUCCGAUUCAGAGGGGCAUAGGAAGAUUUAUGGCUUUGUUUCCUUUUUUCCUUCCCUUAAAACAAGUUCUGCAUUGAAUCUGAACAGCGUUUAUUAAAUAGAGAUGGAGGCUGGUGCAACAGUAACAGAGUUGAAAAUAUUUUGAUACUGUUUUCCUUUGGAACACUUUUGCAUCUUUGAGAACAGUGGAGAAGCUGCUCACUGCUUCGUUGUGCUGAUAACGUGGGAGGUGAUGGCCUGGGAGAUGGGGGAAGGGAGGUGUCAGAGUGAAUGGCGGGGGGGAACUGCUGUCACCUUUGAACGUGUGACCCAGAAAGGUGAAGGGAUGGCCAGAGGCUACAAAAUGUGACAGGACACAAUUUUCAGUAAUUGUCAUAGCCUGGUCCUUUGUGCACUUCAGGUUAGACAGUAGUUAUGUACAAAAGCUACAAGAACUCACAUUUAUGCUUUUUUAUAAAGCACAAUAACCCCACUUUUUUAUUAAAUAUGACUUUUUCCACUAUGUAACUACUUACUAGUAUUGAUAUUCAACUCGUGAUCCAAGGAGGCAAAGUGAAGUACUCGAGGCAGGUGUAAAAUGGCUUUGUUUCAGGAUCUGACACUUCUCCAAAAGGCCAGAAGCGCUGAAUAUUAAAAUAUUUGAGAACCUUUAAUACUGCAUCUUCUCUUAAGAUUUAUUAGUUAUGAAGUCUGCUACUUUUGUCCUUCAAAAAACUUGUACAGCUGAAACAAGUAGCUGGAUUGCUGAUGACGUUGAAUAUCCAUGCUGCAAAGAUGACAUGUUUUGAUGAGCAGCACCCCUUGAAUGUUGGUUGUUAGUGUUACCAGCGAGUGUGCAGGAAGAAAUAUGUGCUGCACAGGGGGCUGUGGCUGCCAUGCCAGUUAGCGGGUUCAUUUGGGAAGGGUACAAGCACUACAAAAUCUUCACUGACGAAAAGCGUUACGUUUCUUCUGACAGCGUGGUACAACUUUUUCACUGAGUUCUGUUUGCUGUAAACUUGUUUGCCCAGAGAGCUUGUGGAUGCCCCCUCCCUGGGAGUGUUCAAGGCCAGGCUGGAUGGGGCUUUGGGCACCCUGGUCUAGUGGAGGGUGUCCCUGCCCAUGGCAGGGGGGUUGGAACUAGAUGAUCUUUGAGGUCCCUUCCAACCCUAACUGUUCUGUGAUUCUGUGAUUGUUUAAAUGUCGCCAUCUCUGAGAUGCCUGUGUGGGUACGAAGCUACGUGCAAGGCUUCAGGCAGGUUUUGCCCCUUAAGGACUAAUAUGAGGGAAAAACAAUUUCUUGUCCUUGCAGAAAGUGUCAACAAGAAUAACUGUUUCAGAAAAUUGUGGUUUACAGAGUAGAAAUUAGAAAAUUAUUAGAAGGAUAAUGAAACUCAGUAAACUGAAAUGAAUAAAUGGGAUUAAUAUAGGGGUGAAGAACUUCUCCACAUCUUAAUCUAAAGCUGUUGUUGUAUUGGGGUGUAACUUUAGAACUAAGAGUUGGUAAUUUUAAAGCAGUUAACUUAUUCAGCCUGUUAACUUGCCAUGCGUAUGGUGGGGCAGCAGUUAUCCCAGGAAGAUACGACAUUUUGUUGGGCAACGCUCGGCCUAAAAAGGGACAUUUGCUGUUGUGGUGCUUCCUUGUGGGAAAAAGCACUUCGUCAGAGCACUGGCUCUCCUGGCUGGCAGGUGUGUGUCUGCUCCGGGGAUCACCUCCCCACUGACUGAACUUUUCCGCUCAUCCAUGCCCGAGUCCAAGCCUCGCCUUGAGAUACUUGUUGUUUAAAGGUUGCACAAGCAAUGUAAAGCAAAAAACACCCCACCCCCCCCAAAAAAAAGCUGGGCUUAAGGUUUCUUUUAAUAAUGAAUUGCACUUACUGAACCUGAAAAAUGGUUGCUUUUAGCUAAUGUGUUUUUAAUUUAGCACCAAUGUGCUGAAAGCUUCAAGUGAAUGCCUCUCUGUAGUGUGUGUUGGGGUGUGUGUGUGUAUAUAUAUUCUAUAUGUAAAAUUUGAUUAUGAUACUUUAAAAAGUGUUUUAUCCCCUUUGAGUAGAUGUUGCUGUAACUUAACAGCCUGACUGUUAAAGGACAGGUCUUGGUUUUGAGCUAAAUUAAUGGCUGUCAACAUGACGAUUCCAUAAUUCCUAAACUACCAAAUAGCUUUUCAGAAAGCAGAGUCUUACGUUGUUGUCUGACUACAUGUAGCUGAAUGACUAUUAAAAAGACUAGUUUAUAGUAAAUUUAAGUAACUAUGCAAUUUUGCCACUAGUCCUAGGUGAACACGCUUUCAGGAACUUGUGGUGGUGCGUACCCUCUAGCUACCCAGCACACAUACUACCGCGGUCAGUAACCACUGAAAUGCAAAUACCCACUCCAAUUGCAGAGUAUAGAUCCAUUUAUGAGAAGAAUUUUCACGUGUAUUGUGUUUGUCUUUUGGUUUUCAGUUUUCCCUUUUCUGAGGCAAUUAAAUACUAUGUUCCAUUUAAAUGCUUUAAAUAAAGAUUUGUUUAUAUACUC